AUGAAGGUCUCAGUCGCUGCUUCCAUCCUGGCUCUUGCCGCCUCCACCGCUGCGUCUCCUGCGGCCCAAACCCCGAAAGACUUCUUCAACCUCCUGAAGCGCGCCACGCUGCCCGUUCCCACAUCCCAGGGCACCGUCACCUACGAUGCAGCCGAAACCAUCUCCGGCACCUUCGACGGUGGCAUGAAGACCUACGGCCGUGGCGUCGAGUGCACCGGCCAAGACGAGGGCGGUGAUUCUGACGCCGUUUUCAUCCUCGAGGACGGCGCGACGCUCAAGAACGCUAUUAUCGGCGCGGAUCAGAUCGAGGGCGUGCACUGCGAGGGGUCUUGCACAAUCGAGAACGUGUGGUGGGUUGCCGUGUGCGAGGACGCCCUCUCCCUGAAAGGCGACGGCGACGGCACCGUCUCCGGCGGCGGAGCCCAAGGCGCCUCCGACAAAGUAAUCCAGCACAAUGGCGCGGGCACUGUGACUAUCGACGGCUUCACCGUCAUGGACUUCGGCAAGCUGUACCGCUCGUGCGGCAACUGCAAGAACAGCGUCGAGCGCCACGUCGUCAUCACGAACGUCAGCGCCUACAACGGCAAGGUGCUGGCAGGAAUAAACUCUAACUUUGGCGACGAUGCGACGAUUAGUGCGACGUGCGCUACGGAUGUCAGCACUAUCUGUCAGGAGUUCGAGGGUACUACGCCCGGCAACGAGCCUGAGGAGAUCGGGGAGGGGCCGAGUGAUGCGUGUAUUUAUACCGAGAGCGAGAUUGCUGCUUGCUAG